UCUCUGGAGUCCAUCCAGGUAAAUAAAUCAUUCAGCAGCAUUAGCGUGUGGCCUGUUCCCGUCCCUCCAACUGGAGCUCCCUCCAAGAGGGGCAAGAAGAAGAAGAGCAGGCGGGAGUCGAAGCCCUGAAAGUCCAGUCGGACCAGGGCUGUGCUGACAACAACGGACCCAUUGACCUGAUGGAGGAGGUGAGGGACAUCGAGGCUCACCUGAAGGAGGAGGCCUGGAAGGUGGUACAUGAGGUGAAGGCCGUGGGCAGGAGAAGUUUGGGCUCGGCCAUGUCCACAGGGGAAAUAGCCACCAGCUCUCUGGGAAGACUGAGCUCAGUGGAUAUGAACACCCCUGCUGAGCUCCGUGACUACUUGGAUGUUGGGACCCCGGUCAAGUUGCGUGACAGCCCACCCAGGCCUGCCCCCCCCUCCUAUCAAGCCCAGGAGCAAACUGCCUCGGCCUAUAAGGUUCCUUAGCUUGCCAAAGGCUGCCACCGGCUCAGGGAGAAGAAGAUCGAGGGCUUGACCUUUCUCCGUGUGAUGGCUCAGAACCACAUGGACAUACUGAUGCCUAAACUCCAUGAUAUCUGCCUUGCCAUUAUAAAUGAGGUGAAGAACCUGCGCUCUGCAGUGUCCUGUGCUGCCAUGGCCACACUGGGUGACAUGUACGUCCACCUCCAGAGGGCCAUGGAUUGUGAGGUGGAGGGGACGGCACGCGUGCUGCUGCACAAAGCCAGCGAGGCCAACGCCUUCAUCCGGCAGGGCGCCAACUUUGCCCUGGGUCACAUGGUGCAGAGCUGCACCCCUACCCGUGUCAUGAAUGCCCUGCUGGUCGGUGGGCUGAGGUAAAGAGGGAGAGGGGUCAAUUAACACUCACUAAGGGGUAGAUCCGGACUUCCACAAAUUGUCCCAUUAUCCAAAC